AUGCCUUCGAUUGCGGUUCUUUCAACGGAGUCAUCGGAUGAUGGUGAUGCCUCUGGGAAAAAUAAUUUUAAGAAUCCAUCAUUAAUUUUCGUUUUAAUUAAAGUUAACAACAAAAUGAUGAACGUCAUGAUUGAUACCGGAGCCACAAACACCAUUAUUACUGAGGAAGCACUACGGAAAACAAAACACCAAAAAUUUACCACCUCAUCACAUCACACAUUACAAAUGGCCGAUGGAAUUGCACAUUUAAAAAUGAUGGGAACAGUCGACUUAGAAAUCAAAAUUAAGCAAAUGGUAACAACGAUUACAGCAAUAGUGGUGAAGACUUUGUUUACUGAUUGCAUUAUUGGAACCGAUUAUAUAAAAAAAUAUGCUGUACAAGUACAUGGCGGAAAAGAAACAGUUACCAUUCAAAAAGGCAAUCAGUUCGUAACUGUGUCAAUGGAAAAACAAGUGGAUCCAUUGAAAAUGCCGUUGAGGUUGACGGAGUCAGUCUUAUACCUCCACAGGACGAGUUAAUAGUUAAGCUUUCUGCCUGCGUUUCGGCAGCUGGAGUCCUAUUUAGACCGUCAUAUAACUUAAGAGAACAGAUUCCAGUAUUUAUGUCAAACUCUCUUUUGGAAAUUCAACAGCAUGAAGCGUUGCUGUCAGUUCGAAAUCCAACAAACUUUCCAUGCAU